AAUUAAUGUCAAAAUUACACCAAAAAUCCCAACCUGUGAAUCAAUCAAUUAAUUUUUCAUCAUUUUUACAGUGUAGUAAUAUAGUUCUAAAGCAUUUAUAUAUACAAAAUGAUGAGUGAAUAUACAGUUUCACAUAAAGCUAAAAAGCGCAUCAAAGAAGUUAAAAGGAAAGCCCGACCAGAACUAACAAACAAACAACAAUGGAUGACGUUAAACUAUGCUGAAAACUUUGAAGAGUUUUUAAAAUGUAAUGAUAAUGUUGAGAGAGUAGAUAAUAACAAAGUAUCACCUGAAGAAUUUAUAGAAAAAUAUGAAAAAGUGUUUAAACCAGUUGUUAUUACUAAUGUACAGACUAACUGGAAAGCAAACCACAAGUGGACCUUAGAUAGACUAGCCAAAAAGUACCGUAACCAAAAAUUUAAAUGUGGCGAAGACAAUGAGGGUUAUAGUGUUAAGAUGAAAAUGAAGUAUUACGUCACCUACAUGAAGACAACGACUGAUGACAGCCCGCUUUAUAUUUUUGAUAGUAGUUUUGGAGAGCAUAUGAGACGAAAAAAGCUUCUUGAAGAUUACGAAGUACCAAAGUACUUCAGGGAUGACCUAUUUAAGUAUUGUGGAAAUGAGAGGAGACCUCCAUAUCGUUGGUUUGUGAUGGGACCACAGAGGUCGGGCACCGGGAUCCACAUAGACCCUCUAGGUACUGGUGCUUGGAAUGCCUUAGUGUUUGGUCACAAGAGAUGGUGCCUGUUUCCGACACAGACUCCAAAAGAACUGAUCAAAGUCACCGGCGCCAUGGGCGGGAAACAGAGAGAUGAAGCUAUUACUUGGUUCAAGUUAAUUUAUCCUAAAACACAACUGGAAUCUUGGCCACAAGAGUAUAAACCGGUGGAAAUCCUCCAGAAGCCUGGUGAAACGGUUUUUGUUCCCGGUGGUUGGUGGCAUGUGGUGCUGAACUUGGAUGACACAGUUGCUGUCACUCAAAACUUUUGUAGCCGUACCAAUUUCCCCAUUGUAUGGCAUAAGACUGUACGUGGUAGACCCAAACUGUCCAAGAAGUGGAUCAAAGUUCUUGAGGCCAAAGAACCUGACUUAUAUAAAAUAGCCAGUAGUGUUAACCUAAGCCAAAGCACUGGUGUAGCAUCUGACAGCUCAUCUAACAGCAGCUCCUCGAGUAGCGACAGCGAGAGCAGCUCUUCAGGCAGCUCCAGUGAGGACGACAGCGGCCAGGAGAGCAUCUCUGCUCAUAAGAAAAAGAAGAGAAGGAAAAUUGGAGCUGAAUAACGAAAUAAACUAGAAUAUAACUUAAGUUUUGAAAAGAUUUAUACCACAAAACAAAAAAAUUG